AUGGAAGGAAACCCAUAAGAUAAGUAGUAAAGAUAGCCUCAACCUCAGUAAGAAAAACUUGCAACUCCUGAGUCAAAUAAGUAAGGAGGCUAAAGUAGUGCAAGAGGAUAAACUGCUAAGGGAGAUUCUUCCACAUAGUUGAAAAGUGAGAGCCCUUCAGGUCCAAAGACUUUUAUAGCAGAGAAAACUGAGAUUGUUGGAAGAGUCACAUUCGGUGAUAAUUGUAUAGUGCAUCCAUUAUGCAGUAUUAUAGCAGAGGGAGGAGAUAUUCAUAUUGGAGAAUACAAUAUUAUAGAAGAAAAAGUUAAAAUCAUCAACCGACUAAAAAAAGAUGAAAAUGGCUAGCCUGUAAAGAGGAAGAUGAUUAUUGGUAGCUAUAAUGUAUUUGAAGUAUAUUCAACCAUCGAAUCAACAGACAUUGGAGACAUGAAUGAAUUCUAGCAUAGAUGUGCAAUCAUUGAUAGUAGAGUUGACAACUAUUGCUAAAUCAAUCCUGCAGUGACAGUGUCGAGAGGCACUCAUUUGGAAUCUUACUCAGUAGUUUACGAUGAUGGUAAGAUUAGGAAAAACUAAGAGCCUAAUGAGGAAGCAAAGAAGGUCGGAAUUAAGGAACUAUGCGCUUUCCUAUCAGAGUAAUUACCUAAGCAUAAUAAAGCAAGAGUAGUUCAGUAGCCAGCUGAAUCAAAAUGA